AUGAGGCUAUUGGACCAACUGCUCUAUGUCGUGGUAGCAAUGGCUGUGUUUUCCCUGCCGUGUCACGGGGAGGACAAGUGUGCAGGGGCUGCAGGGAUCCCUGGGACGCCAGGAGCGAACGGAUUGCCUGGGAGAGAUGGAAGGGAUGGUAUGAAAGGCGACCCAGGACCACCAGGUCCCAUAGGGCCCCCUAAUGGCUUGCCAGGUGCUUCAGGAAGAGAUGGACUGCCUGGCCCAGAAGGGAAAAAAGGGGAGCCAGGCAAGAAGGGAGACAGAGGGGAACCUGGACCACAAGGUCUUCCUGCUUCUCUUGACCCAGAAGUGCAGAAAAUCCUCAGAGAUAUGAAGCAGAAGGUCCUACGUCUCGAAGGAGUCCUUGCUUUAGAAGGAAUGAUAAGGAAAAUUGGAGACAAAAUAUUUGCUACCAAUGGGAAUGAAGUGGAUUUUGAAACCACCCGCCAAACGUGUCAAGAUUCGGGGGGUUCUGUCGCAGCCCCCAGGAACGAGGCAGAGAAUGAAGCUGUUCUAGGUAUUGUGAAAGAGAGAAAUCGAUACGCCUAUCUGGGAGUGAAGGAGGGCUCUGUGCCAGGGGAAUUCCUUUAUUUGGACACGUCGUCUGUGAACUAUACAAACUGGCGUCGCUACGAACCGAAUGGCAAAGGAGCCGAAAACUGCGUGGAGAUGUACACAGACGGCGGGUGGAAUGAUAAAAAGUGCAACCAGUAUCGCCUCACCAUUUGUGAAUUCUAAACAUGCCCCUUCAUCUAUGUAACAAGCCUAAAUUAGUUUA